GGGUUUUGCCAGAUCCCUGCCGGCCGGCGGACUGCCAGGCCCGGGGGCGGGGCCGGCGCGGGCUUCGCGGAUCCGGGACACGUGAUUAAUUCGGGGGGACCCCUGCGGCCCCAGCCCACCAGGUUGACUCUUCAUUACUCGUGGGAUUAGAGCUGGCAGGUGAUUGCGACCAUGACGAUGAACCUCUUGGAGGACUGGUGCCGCGGGAUGGAAGUGGACAUCCACAGGUCCCUCUUGGUCACGGGCAUCCCGGCGGACUGUGGCCAAGCAGAAAUCGAAGAGACCUUGAAUGGGGUCCUCUCCCCGCUGGGCCCGUACGUUGUGCUCAACAAGAUUUUCUUGAGGGAAGAGAAUGCCAAAGCCGCCCUAAUUGAGGUGGGCGAGGGUGUGAGUCUGAGGGCCAUACCCCGGGAGUUUCCUGGAAGGGGAGGUGUCUGGAGAGUGGUCUGCAGACACCCCACCCAGGAUGCAGAGUUUUUAAAAAACCUGAAUGAGUUCCUGGAUGCCGAGGGGCGCACUUGGGAGGAUGUGGUUCGCUUGCUCCAGCUCAACAACCCCCCACCGCCCCAGAACCACACUCUGCCUCCAGAGAACUGGGCAGAAGCUUUGGGGUUGCUCCUGGGGGCUGUGAUGCAGAUCGUUUUCCACAUGGAUGCAGAGAUCCGCAGCCAGGAGGAAGCUAGGGCCCAGGAGGCCGCUGAGGCCCAUGCUGUGGCAGCUGCAGCUUCAGCAGCCAGGAGGAAGGUCAAAAAGGAGCCAGGGAGGGCUGCCGAGGUGGGCCCUGCCCUGAAGAUGGAGAGCCCAGACAGCUGGAAUGGCAUGGAAGAUGAAGGUGACCCUCCCAAACCUUUGGUUCGAAAGGCUGGAGCUAAGACUCGCUCCAGGAGAAAGAAGCAGAGAAAAUCCCCCAAGCAGGAACCGGUGUCCCGGAAGAAACCCAAAGGCCACCAUUCCAACAGCUCGGCCUCCUUGGAGGAUCCUGAGGCUGAUGAUGGUGAAAAUAGGCAGCUCUCGGAAUAUACCAGGAGCAGCAAAAAGCCCUGUGUGAAGCAGGAGUCAGCUUUGAAGAAGCCUGUAGAGACUCCCACAAAUGCACCUCAGGAUGCCCAGUCAGAAGCGGCAGGCCCUGGAGUUGCUUCUGAGUCAGACCAAGAUGAUGGGCAUGAGAGCCCACCAAAGAGGAAGGCUAUGCGCUGGGCCUCAGCAAAGAGCCCGGUCCCCAUGAGGAAGAAAAAGAAGGUGAGCUUGGGCCCCAUCUCUUAUGUCCUUGUCGAUGUGGAAGGCGCCAAGAAGAAGCCAUUCAUUCCAAAGAAAGGGCCAGGCUCAAGAAGGGGUGCGUCAGUCCAGAGGGCCCCUAGAUGCUCACGGCCCACUGAGUCACCAGCCUCAACGUCACAGGGUGCAAAGUCCAAACCAGAAGGCUCUUCUCAUGAAUCCAGGAAACUUUGAGUUGGGGGACCCCCAAGGUGAAAGAAGACCAAGGAAGAAAUUCCAAGUUGGGAACAAAGCUUUCUCUUGAAUGAAGAUUUUUGACUGUCUUAGGGACCCACUUUGUAGAGAUCUGGGUUCCUAAGAUCCCGGUCUCUCAGAGGUAAAUGCUAUGUGAGAUCUGAGGUGGGAGAAAUUAAGGUGGGAGGGAGGUAUAUAUUCCACUAUGCUUUUCCCUCUGCCAGGCCGCUUUCCCCCCUCCUCCUAGAUUCACCUUUGAGGUUGGUGAGUCAAGAAGCAGACUGGGGAAAUUCUAUAACGUUCAUCUUGACCCAUCCACGGGCAGGGUCACUGUUAUGCUUAUCCAUGUUUGGUCUUUCUCCUCUAUUCCCUGCCUCUUCUGAGUGGUUGGCUGAGCUCUGUAGGGCCUGGCAGUCUAAACAGCAGGCCAAGCCCUGGCCGGUUUGGCUCAGUGGUUGG